GGGAAGCUCAAGACGUGUCUUCGGUAGUGGAAGAUUCUUCAACCAGUCAUGUCAACCGAUACAGAUGUUUCUCUGUCUUCAUAUGAUGAAGAUCAGGGAUCUAAACUUAUCCGAAAAGCUAAAGAGGCACCAUUUGUCCCGAUUGGGAUGGCAGGUUUUGCAGCAAUUGUUGCAUAUGGAUUAUACAAAUUGAAGAGCAGGGGAAAUACUAAAAUGUCCGUUCACCUGAUUCACACACGUGUGGCAGCCCAAGGCUUUGUUGUGGGAGCAAUGACUCUUGGUAUGGGCUAUUCCUUGUAUCGGGAAUACUGGGCAAAACCUAAACUUUAGAAGAAGAGGUGCUGUCGUGCUAUCUUGGUGUUGAUGGUAUUUGUUUUAUUUAAACACCUCAAAUUAAGGUUACACAUAUUUGCUGAAAAUAAAACAUUUGAGUAGGUUCAGAUAACAACAUGGUAUUUUGAAUAUUGGCUUCCUUUCUUUCGGGCUUGAUUUGCCUGGUGACCAAAUUAUUGGUGACAAGUUUACUAACUAGGUCAUUCAGGGAAGUCAAGUUAGCACAAAAGAAACAUGUCAUCCAAAUUCUCUUGAUAAUGGUAAAAUGUCCACAUUCUUAAAGUCUCAUGAUGAAAUUAGUUCUAAAAAGUACCCUGAAGUACUUCGAGUUGC